AUGGCCACCGACAGUAACAAGUUCGUCAUCGAUUUCCUUAUGGGUGGUGUUUCCGCUGCCGUCUCCAAGACUGCUGCUGCUCCCAUCGAACGUAUCAAGCUCUUGAUCCAAAACCAAGAUGAAAUGAUCAAGCAAGGUCGUCUCUCUUCCCCCUACAAGGGUAUUGGUGACUGUUUCGCCCGUACCAUUAAGGAUGAAGGUGUCAUCUCCUUGUGGAGAGGUAACACUGCCAACGUUAUCCGUUACUUCCCUACCCAAGCCUUGAACUUUGCUUUCAAGGAUAAGUUCAAGCGUAUGUUCAACAAGGAUAAGAACCGUGAUGGUUACUGGGCUUGGUUCGCCGGUAACUUGGCCUCCGGUGGUGCCGCUGGUGCUGCUUCUCUCUUCUUCGUCUACUCUUUGGACUAUGCUCGUACUCGUCUUGCUAACGAUGCCAAGUCUGCCAAGAAGGGUGGUGAACGUCAAUUCAACGGUUUGGUUGAUGUCUACAAGAAGACCUUGAAGUCUGAUGGUAUUGCCGGUCUCUACCGUGGUUUCAACAUCUCUUGUGUUGGUAUCAUCGUUUACCGUGGUCUCUACUUCGGUAUGUAUGACUCCGUCAAGCCUUUGAUGCCUCAAACCCUCCAAGACUCCUUCCUCGCUACCUUCGCUCUUGGUUGGGCUGUCACCACUGGUUCCGGUCUUGCUUCUUACCCCAUUGAUACUGUCCGUCGUCGUAUGAUGAUGACUUCCGGUGCUGCCGUCAAGUACGACUCUUCUCUCCACUGCUUCCGUGAAAUCGUUGCCAACGAAGGUGUCAAGUCUCUCUUCAAGGGUGCCGGUGCUAACAUUCUCCGUGCCAUUGCUGGUGCUGGUGUCUUGUCCGGUUAUGACUACCUCCAAGUCUGGAUGUUCGGUAAGAAGUACUAA